GUCUUUUUGGUCUUUUUCGCCUGUUGCAUUUGCUUAGUAUUUACGUAUUUACUGGUACAUAUUUACUUACCCGUGGAACCGGUUGGCUUCUGCUGGAACGCACACGUCAAAUUUGCUGACAUUUACAUGUGACUCGAUUAUCCGAAGCAUUUUCUAAGGAUUUGCCCUCAUCAUCUUUGAAUCGUGAUGUCUGCCCUGUUUAAUUUUCAGAGUCUGCUAACAGUAUUUCUGUUGCUGAUAUGUACCUGCACUUAUGUCAAAGGAUUUGCGCCCAGUUUUAUGGAUAAUCGUAUGAAGAGAGUCGGUAUACAGGGUACAUUCUGGAAGUGUGCUAGGAUCGGUGAAAGGAAAAGUCCAUACGUGGCUGUUUGUUGCGUUGCAAUGGCAUUCAGCAUUCUCUUUUGGUCGUGAGAAGUCCGACUGCUGUAUGGACGUGUGAAAAGUGAGUCUGUGUUUCGAUUACAUCGGUUGUAAUAACAAUGGGUUUUAACGAUAAUAAAAAAGCUGAUACGAUCUA